CCGGCGCCGGCUCUUGCUGCGGAGAAGGGUUGCGGCGUGGGAAAGAGCCGCGAGGAGCCGACCGCGCCGCCGCUGAAGCCUCGCCUGCAGAAGUCCCGGGAGGGAGAGAGGAAGGAGGCAGGCGGGGAGGGUGUUGCACCCCGCUCAGCGUCGGUGAUUCCGGCAGGGCUGCGCCCGGAACGAUCUUUGCCGAGAUGAAGCGCCCUUGCGAGGAGACGACCUCCGAGAGCGACAUGGACGAGACCAUCGACGUGGGGAGCGAGAACAAUUACUCCGGGCAAAGUACUAGUUCUGUGAUUAGAUCAAAUUCUCCAACAACAACAUCUCAAAUUAUGGCAAGAAAGAAAAGGAGAGGGAUUAUAGAGAAAAGGCGCCGGGAUCGGAUAAAUAACAGUUUAUCUGAGUUGAGACGACUGGUGCCAACUGCUUUUGAAAAACAAGGAUCUGCAAAGUUAGAAAAAGCUGAAAUAUUGCAAAUGACAGUAGAUCAUUUGAAGAUGCUUCAGGCAACAGGGGGUAAAGGCUACUUUGACGCCCAUGCCCUUGCCAUGGACUUCAUGAGUAUUGGAUUCCGAGAGUGCCUGACAGAAGUGGCCAGAUACCUAAGCUCUGUAGAAGGCCUGGACUCCUCAGAUCCACUACGCGUGCGCCUCGUAUCUCAUCUCAGCACUUGCGCCUCCCAGCGGGAGGCAGCCGCAAUGACAUCCUCAAUGGCCCAUCACCAUCACUCCCUUCAUCCACAUCACUGGGCAGCAGCCUUCCACCAUCUUCCUGCGGCCUUGCUCCAACCCAACGGACUCCAUGCCUCGGAGUCAACACCUUGUCGCCUCUCUACAACUUCAGAAGUGCCUCCUGCCCAUGGCUCUGCCCUCCUCACUGCCACAUUUGCCCAUGCAGAUUCUGCCCUUCGAAUGCCAUCAACCGGCAGCGUCGCCCCUUGUGUGCCACCUCUCUCCACCUCUCUCUUGUCCCUCUCAGCUACCGUCCAUGCCGCGGCUGCAGCAGCCACUGCAGCUGCACACAGCUUCCCUCUGUCCUUCGCGGGAGCAUUUCCCAUGCUCCCCCCAAAUGCAGCUGCAGCAGUGGCAGCAGCAACAGCAAUCAGCCCACCCUUAUCAGUGUCAGCCACGUCCAGUCCCCARCAGACAAGCAGCGGAACAAACAGUAAACCUUACCGACCCUGGGGGACAGAAGUUGGAGCUUUUUAAGUUAUGCUUGAACUUCUUGCAAUUGUAAUUGAAUGUUCUUCAUUUCAGAGUCGGCUUAAAACCUCUGCACCAUGAAGGUAGCCAUACAGAUACCUACAGAUCCACAAAGGAACAAUAAAGCUAUUUGAGACACAAA